UUUCUUUUGUGCAUAGAAUUGUUGUGCCUGGAGUUUGACAAUUGUGUUCCAAGGACAGAUUGUGCAACAUGCCGUCGACUAAGAGCAAGAACAUCAUCAUCACGGGCGGUGCGCGAGGCUUGGGCCGCUGCACAGCACGACACUUGCUGUCUCUGCCCGUAUCGCACCGCGUCUUCAUCAUCGAUUUCAACGAAGAGGAACUCGAAUAUGCCGUCAACACACAUCUGGCCGCCUAUGCUCCACGGGUGGGGUCGUCAGUAACCAAUCUUUGCAAGCCAGAAGAGAUCCGCAGCGCAGCCGCCCAAGCAGCAGAAUUCUUUGGCGGACGCAUAGAUGUUCUCAUCAACAACGCUGGUAUUGCCCGGGGCUUCUUUAACGCAGGCAAUGGUACCAUGGAGGACGUCGCCACAGGAGAACAAUGGGAGGCCUACAUUGCCACCAACCUCAGCGCGCCCUUUUACAUGAGCCAAGCCGUCAUCCCCUUCAUGAAGAGCAAAAACACACAGAAAGAGGGCGCGCCAGGCGUUGACCGCAAAAAAGACCUGAAGCGCACCGACGAAUUCAACCAGUUGCCGCUCAACCUGCAUGGAGAGGACAAGCUCGACGAGGGAGGCUGCAUUAUCAACAUUGCCUCGUUCCGCGCCCACCAGUCCGAUCCCGAUUGCGAAGGGUAUGCGGCGAGCAAAGGAGGCGUUCUGGCUCUGACCCAAGCCAUGUCCAUCUCCUGCCAGCGCUGGGGCAUCCGUGUCAUGGCCAUUUCACCAGGCUGGGUUCAUGUAGACCAUGAAUGCAAGGCCAAGGAUUUGAAACUGAAGGAAGCGCAGAACGGGUCGUACAAGGAGGUGGCGCCACAUGAAGAGGCGGCGCGAAAGAUGAGGCUGCAGGCUUGGGCAGACGAUCUAGAUGAACUGUACCAUAAGCAGCACCCAGCUGGCAGAGUGGGCCGCGGAGAAGACCUUGCCGAGAUGGUCGAGUAUGUCAUGGGCGCGGGAUUUUUGAGCGGACAAGAGUUGAUCCUGGACGGAGGCGCAAACAGGAGAAAGAACCCCAAUAUUUGA